AUGAAACUCCUCUCCUCGCUCCUCGCCGCGGCGCUGGCGCUGGCCCACCUCGUAUCUUCCACGGGCCUCGAGAUCGAGUACCAGACGCCCGAUAUUGAAUGCACACGCAAGACCCAAAAGGGCGACAAGAUCGACGUCCACUACCGGGGCACGUUGCAGGACACGGGCAAGGAGUUUGACUCUUCGUACUCACGAGGCACACCGUUGAACUUUGAGCUGGGCGCGGGGAGGGUCAUCAAGGGAUGGGACGAAGGGUUGUUGGACAUGUGCAUCGGCGAGAAGAGGAAGCUGACGAUUCCGCCCGAGCUGGGGUAUGGUGCGAGAAGUGUUGGGCCGAUCCCGGGGAACAGCGUGUUGGUCUUUGAGACCGAGUUGAUGGGCAUCAAGGGCGUCAAGAAGGACGAGUUGUGA